AUGGACGUCUGGGUAUGGGAAAACGUGGCAGUGGGCACCCGUACUUUUGGAAGCAAUCCUGUCAGAAUUGAUGUGGUUUUUCAGGUGGCAUUUCUGGUGGUGCUGACCAUCUUUGGAAUACAGUCUCAGGCAAAAGAGGUUUUUAACAUCUUCACCCCAAGCAGCAAUGGCGGCAGUGUCCAGGAGACAGUGACCAUUGACAACCAGAAGAACACUGCCACAAUCAAUAUCCAUGCAGGGUCGUGUUCUUCAACCACUAUUUUUGACUACAAGCAUGGUUACAUUGCAUCCCGGGUCCUCUCCCGAAGAGCCUGCUAUGUCCUCAAGAUGGACCACAAAGCCAUCCCUGCCCUGGACAAACUCCAACGGUACCUGUACGAGAAGCAGACGAUGAACACCAUGGACUCUGGAGAGUACACCUGGGUCAAAUACAACCCUUUGAAGUCUCUGUUCACGAAGGUGGAUUGGUUCCUGUUUGGGUCGCCUAUUGAGCAGCUGUGCAAGAACAUGCCCCUGUAUGAGGGGGAGGUGGUUACAAAGCCAAAAGAGGUAGCCACUGGAGCCUGCGCCAAGGUUGGCCUCCUGGGGAUCCUGGGAAUCUCCAUCUGUGCAGGAGCUCACUUUUAA